UGCUGGUGUACAAUGGAAAGCUUUGAGGAGAGGAAUUAAUCAUCUUCACGGAAGAGUAAUUUGAAUGAGAUUCCACUUGACAGGCUGUGUGCAAGCAAGUCAGCCAGAGAGGGAGUGCGAGCAUCACACACAAGGCAGCCUGUGCUCCGGGUGCCCCCCAAACCUACACUGAGUCCCAGCACACAGCACUGCCAGUGUACUCCGCACAGCUUCUUCUACAGCACAACCGGACAUGGAGGAGAACAUGGAAGAAGGACAGACACAAAAAGGUUGCUUCGAAUGCUGCAUAAAAUGCCUUGGGGGAAUUCCGUAUGCAUCAUUGAUUGCUACUAUCCUGCUGUAUGCCGGGGUUGCACUGUUCUGUGGCUGUGGUCACGAGGCUCUCUCAGGCACUGUCAACAUUCUGCAGACCUAUUUUGAAAUGGCAAGAACUGCUGGGGACACACUUGACGUCUUUACCAUGAUUGAUAUCUUCAAAUAUGUGAUCUAUGGUAUAGCAGCAGCAUUCUUUGUCUAUGGAAUUUUACUGAUGGUAGAAGGAUUCUUCACAACUGGAGCCAUUAAGGAUCUCUAUGGGGAUUUCAAAAUUACAACUUGUGGCCGAUGUGUGAGCGCAUGGUUUAUUAUGCUGACGUACCUCUUUAUGCUCGCCUGGCUUGGAGUCACAGCUUUCACCUCACUACCGGUUUACAUGUACUUCAAUCUUUGGACUGUAUGUCGAAAUGCCACAGUAGUUGGUGAAGCUAAUUUUUGUUUGGACCUUCGUCAGUUUGGCAUUGUACCAAUCGGUGAGGAAAAGAAGCUGUGUACGCCAUCUGAAACCUUCCUGAGGAUGUGUGAAUCUACUGAUCUGAACAUGACAUUCCAUCUCUUUAUUGUUGCCUUGGCUGGUGCUGGAGCUGCAGUUAUUGCUAUGGUCCAUUACCUAAUGGUGCUGUCCGCCAACUGGGCCUACGUGAAAGACGCCUGCCGAAUGCAAAAAUAUGAAGACAUCAAAUCCAAGGAAGAGCAGGAACUUCACGACAUUCACUCCACCCGUUCUAAAGAGCGGCUCAAUGCUUACACAUAAAACUAAACUCCUUCAUUUGUAACAUUUCAGUUCUUUGUUGUUUCAACUAACAGCCUCCCUUCCAUUAUAAAAUGAAAAUGAAGUGCUUUUCCUAAACGAUAGGUGAGUGUCACCUAUCUCCAUAACCUUGAUUGACCAGCACUUUGCAUCUUCACAGUGGUCUGUGUGAAAAUGUCAUAUAAUAUGGAACACCCUAAUAGUCUUUCCCAAAUAGUCAUAAAGGUGACUGGUUUCUUAGAUGACAAAAAAAUUAACUGUUGAAUAAAGACGUCCGUUUCCUUUUUUAACCACUUUAUAUGUGUUUUGCAUAAAACAUUUUGCAUCGUUUCCUAUGUUUUUGAAGAGAAAGCUUUUUAUACUUUUUAGUUUUGAGUUUCAAAAACUACUUUUACCUACAGGUAAACCUCAAAGGGACCGUUGUACAGAAAGCAUGUACAAUAAUCUGCUUACAGUUCUGAGUUCUAAAUCAUGCAUGGGCUUCUUUAGUAAUGUAGUCUGUUGGCCCUAUGAGUAGCCACAUAGGUAUCACUUUUGUUUAGCAGAUUCAAGGUGCUUCUUUAUUGGUGUUAUGUAGUAUUAAUGUUCACUAUUACAACAUCAGUUUAAAACUUCUGGCAACUACAGUGACAUCUGUUUAAAAUUGUGAGCAUGCAUAGCGUGAUACUAGUGCAUGGGCACGCCCCAUAUAAUAUAUGCCUCUAAAACAUUUAUCUCAACCCAUAAGUGAUUUUUAAUCAAGAGAAAACUGAAAAAAAUAGUAUACAGUCAUUAGCUAUUUGUUUCUAGUUUUUUUUUUAUAUCUCUUGUAAAAUAAAUAUGUCAUGCUAUAAGCCACGCUUAAUGUUUGGUGAAAUAUUUUCAAACUUUCUGAAGUUUCUUCAGCUGUGAAAUAACAUAUGUAUAUCAUGUUCUUGGGUAUGUAAAAAUUCCAUCUUAUCCAGUUGUGGACCUGUGUUUGUAGUUCUACUUUGAAAUCAUCCCAGCAAACCAACGUACAUAUGAUGAAGGUUUUUAAAGUUUUACAGUGUUACUGGACCAAACUUUCUUUCCAUCUUUCUAUAGGAAUGCUGUGAAGUAUCUAUUAAAUAUAACAUUUCUGGCAAAAAAGUCAGUGGUUU